AUGGAGCUGAGUACUAUAAAAGAUGCUUUUGACCGUGUUACUAAGAAGCAAAAGUUAUCUUGUUCCAAGACUCAAGAAGCUAUUGAUCAGAUCAGACAAGAAAUUGAGAGUGUUUUAGACACAAUACAGUCAGUGAAUAACACUAACCAUGAACUUGAUUACAAAACUGUCAUGAAUGAACUCAAGGCCAGUUUACUUAAAGCUGCACCACUUAGUCUAAUGGAAGGGACACAGAAGGAGCUAAAUGUAGCACUCAGCAAGUAUGGGAAACUUCUUGAAAAAAAUUUCAACCCUGAUAUAUCCAAGGCUUAUAGAAAUAUCGACAUUGAUAUUCAUACAUUAAACCAAAUAAUUGCCAACCAUUUUUACCGCCAGGGCCUUUUUGAAAUAGGGGACCAUUUCAUGAGUGUGGUUGGAGAGCCGGAAUCUGCUGCCAUUAUGAAAUCCCCAUUCCUGGAAAUGUAUCAAAUACUUGAAGCCAUGCAGAAUCAGAACCUAGAGCCAGCCCUCAACUGGGCUGCCACUAAUUGUGACAAACUUGCUCGAAGUGGAUCUGAUAUUGUACUGAAACUUCACACAAUGCAAUUUGUGAAAGUACUUCAAAAUGGAAGUAGAGAGGAAGCCCUCACUUACGCCCGAACACACCUUUCUCCUUUCGCUUCGAGAUACAUGACUGAGAUUCAGAAGCUUAUGGGCUGUCUUCUGUGGACUGGAAAGCUUGAUCGAUCUCCUUACCAUGCACUACUAUCACCAUCUAACUGGGAUAAGUUGGCUGAGGAACUUAAAAGGCAGUUCUGCAAUCUUCUGGGACAGUCCUACAAUAGUCCGUUGAGUGUGACUGUAGCAGCAGGGGUCCAGGUUUUGCCACCUCUCCUCAAAUUUAUGAAUGUUAUGGCAGGGAAGAAGCAUGAAUGGCAGUCUAUGAACCAGUUACCAGUGCCAGUUGAGUUGGACAGCGAGUUCCAGUUUCAUUCAAUUUUUGUUUGUCCUGUCUCAAAGGAACAAGCAACCGAGGAUAACCCUCCGAUGUUAAUGUCCUGUGGCCAUGUCCUGUGCAAGCAGUCUAUCUUGAAGAUGUCAAAGAAUAGCACGAAAGUAUUCAAGUGCCCAUAUUGCCCCUUUGAUAUUGAUGCAGCCCAAUGCAGACAACUAUAUUUCUGA